GCAGAGCCAUACUGCCGAUCACUCUCCGUGUUUUGCAGCCUACACCCGACUUUUCCCAAGAACCUGCCACAAGCGGAGAUGGAGAUGGACCCGUUUGCCCUGACAGUAGCAGCGGAAGAAGAGGUGACUACAAAACCCGCCCUUAAACAACAGAGAAGAAAAAAGAAGAAGAUAGAGAUGGACAAUGAGGGGAGGGGACAGGCCAGCAUGUAUAACACACUUAACCAGCAAUAUGAGGAGAAAGUGCGCCCCUGCAUUGACCUCAUCGACUCCCUGCGCUCCCUGGGUGUGGAGAAGGACCUGGCGCUGCCUGCCAUCGCCGUGAUUGGCGACCAAAGCUCGGGGAAGAGCUCUGUGCUGGAGGCGCUGUCAGGAGUGGCUUUGCCAAGAGGAAGUGGUAUUGUGACAAGAUGUCCUCUUGAGUUGAAGAUGAAAAGAACAACUGAAGGAGAAACGUGGCAAGGGACAAUAACCUACACUGCAAAGAAGCAGCCUGAGGGGCACUUUAACCAUCACGUAGACAUUGAGGAUCCUUCAUAUGUGGAACAUCUCAUUGAGCAAGCCCAAAAUGACAUGGCUGGGCACGGUGCAGGGAUCAGUGAGGACCUCAUCAGUCUUUCGAUUGCCUCUCCUGAUGUUCCAGACCUGACACUCAUCGACCUGCCUGGCAUCGCCAGGGUGGCAGUCAAGGGCCAGCCACAGGACAUUGGAGAAAAGAUUAAGAAAAUGAUUCAGAAAUUCAUCAAAAAACAAGAAACCAUCAGCUUGGUGGUUGUCCCAUCCAAUGUUGACAUAGCAACCACAGAGGCUUUGAAGAUGGCACAGGAGGUGGAUCCUGAUGGAGAGAGGACUCUGGGUAUCCUGACCAAGCCUGACCUGGUUGACAAAGGCACAGAGGCAACAGUGGUGAAGACUGUGCAUAAUGAGCUCAUUCCCCUGAAGAAGGGCUACAUGAUUGUCAAGUGCAGGGGCCAGCAAGAGAUUCUGGAUCGAGUCUCACUGAGUGAGGCCAUGGAGAGGGAGAAGACCUUCUUUGAGGAACAUGCAUACUUUAGCAUACUGCAUGAUGAGGGUCAAGCCACCAUUCCCAAAUUGGCUGAAAAGCUAACUCUUGAGUUGGUGAAUCACAUCCAGAGAUCCCUUCCUCAGCUGGAAGAACAGAUAGAGAAGAAACUCAACAACACACAAAGUAGGCUAACUAAGUGUGGCGCUGGACCUCCACAGGACCCAUCAGACAAAGUCUACUUUUUCAUUGACAAAGUGACAGCAUUUACUCAAGACGCCAUCAGCCUUGCUGCAGGGGAUGAACUACAAUGUGAGGCCAACCUCAACAUCUUCUCUAAGCUCAGAGAUGAGUUUGGGAAGUGGAAGAACCUGCUAGACAGUAAUGGAUCAAACUUCAGCAGGAAGAUUGAGAGAGAGGUGGCUACCUAUGAGCAGAAGUAUCGUGGAAGAGAGCUGCCAGGGUUCAUCAACUACAAGACCUUUGAGACGAUGAUGAAGGAGCAGAUCAAACAGCUUGAAGAGCCUGCUGUCACAAAACUCAAGGAUGUGGCAGAUCUCGUGAAGAACGGGUUCAUUCAGCUGGCUCAGUGCAGUUUUGUCGGAUUUCCCAACCUCUUCAAAGCAGCUAAGGCAAAAAUUGAGCUCAUCAGAAAGGAGAAGGAGGUGACAGCAGAGGCCAUGCUGAGGACCCAGUUUAAGAUGGAGCUGGUCGUUUACACUCAGGACAGUACAUACAGCCGCAGUUUGAAGAGGAAAAGGGAAGAUGAGGGAUCUGUACCGGGGUUUAAAACUGUGAACUAUCAGGACAACGAGGCUACCCUGAAGGAGAUGAUGCUGCACCUGAAAUCCUAUUACCUAAUUGCUAGCCAACGUCUGGCUGACCAGAUCCCUCUGGUGAUCAAGUACCUGAUGCUGCAGGAGUCUGCUGCCCAGCUGCAGAGGGAGAUGCUGCAGAUGAUUCAGAAGAAGGAGAACGUGGAGCUCAUGCUUGAUGAGGACUUCCGUGUAAACACAGAGAGAAAAACUCUUCAGAGUCGCCUCAACCGCCUCAGAAAGGCUCGUGUUUUGUUGACCGAGUUUGAGUAUGGCCAGCUCAGCUGAGCAGGGCAAGUUUUCAAGACCAAAUGUCUCACUGAAGGCGAUACUUAAAAUUUUGUUACAGUCGGUCUUUGUAGUGUUCAUAUUUUUGUCAUACCCAUACUCGGACAGCAAUUUAUUUUGUGUGAAAGAAAAACAGUGGAGCCAGUAGUUUCAUAUAUUUUUACUGUAAGACAAUGUGCCUACAUUCAACCUGCUUUUUUUAAAUUUUGCUUAAUUCCAGUUCUGAUUAUUUUACUGGCAUUCAUUUGCACCUGCUUUUCUUGUACUUUAAACUGCAUAGACAUAUAAUAGAUCAUGUUAUUUAUAACUGAGUGUGUUUUAAAGUGACUGUUACUUCUGCUGGGACCAACCUGUGUGUUAACUGGCAUCAUUAAGAAUGGCUGUUUGAUUUUAUAAUCCUUUAUGUGCUGUAGGCUUGGGUGAUCUUUCCUCACACUCCAUUCCCUGACUUGAAUGUCAAGACAAGGGGUGCUGGUCUGUUCUACAUCAUAUUCAGCUGUAGCUUUGGUGGUAUUAUAACUUCAGCUUUUAUAACUAUUAAAACUAUAGCUGUCUCCACUUGGGAAAAAAAAUAACUGAAGUCACUAAACCCAGUGCAAUUUAAUGAACUGUGUCAUGACAAAAUAAGAGACUUACAUCACAAACCUAAUGUUCAAAUUAUCUCACACAGUGUUUACAGUCCACAGGGGUGCAAGGCAAAAUGUUAAAGUAAUUUCUCCUCUGCAAAAAUGCUUCCUUCAAUCACAAACUUCAUUGUGCACAAACAAAUUUUAGAUGUAAUUUCUCCUUAUAAUGAAAAUGUAAAUAAUUCAAAUUAAUUUGGAAAUCUUGGUGUCUGCUGUCUUUAAGUUAUGAAUUAAAUAUCUACUGAUUGCA